CGAUUCUUUCCUUAUUUUCACAAUGACCUCUCUAAUUCGGUGCUCCCACCACAAUGUGCGGUCGCACUUCCCGGAAGGCCGCCGCCGCCGCGGUAGCGCGAUGAACUUGACCAAUUGGAACCCGCCGCCGCCGCCGCAUCGGACCGGCUGCUGCAAAUACUCAAAUGUAUUCGCGGCUCCUCCUCGACGCCACGUGGCAAAGGCUGCUCGCCGGACCGUAAACGACGACGUAUGCUCCGACAGAAAGACACACACCUUCAAAAUCACCUUCGAUAUUCCCUUCUACGAAGCACCGGAGGCUUCGUUUGAUGAGUAUCUCGAAGAAAAGCCGAGACUAAUCAGGGCAAUAUCUCCUUAUGAGAAGAGAUUACCCGAACGAAUUAACGAGGAAGAAUGGAGGAUAUACAUGGCGCCCAUAGAGUUUUUGUUCAUGUCGGUGGCGCCAGUAGUCCACAUGAGAGUGAGAGUGACUUGCAAAGGCCAAGGCGCGUGUUUCCCUUCCGGCAUUCCUCCCAACACUUCCAAGAUUCUCGAGUUGAAAGCCAUAAAAUCGGAGCUGAAGGGGAGCAUGGAGGGGUUGUUGAAGCAAACGAGAUUCGAGCUGGGGGUGGAAGGAGUGGUAUACCCAGUGAGGAAAGGGAGUAUCAAGGGGAGCAGCAGGAUGAAGGGGGAGCUUGUGAUGAGCAUAACCUUUGAUCCCCCCUCUGCAUUUGCUCUCAUCCCUCAGAACUUUCAUAAUGACGCCGCGCAACUGAUUCUGAAGAGUAUAGGAGAGAAGAUGGAGAGAAACGUUAAUGAAGGGCUGCUGGCGGACUACAUCAAGUUCAAGAAGGAAAAGCUUUGAAAUGUUUUAUUAAAUUCCUCAUUCCAUUAUUUUUUAUUUAUAUUAAUAAAAGUUAGUGGUACAAGGGCAUAAGAAUGCACCAUAUUGUGAUCGGUUAGUGGCAAAGUGCGCCUAUGCCAUGGGGUAGAAUGGUCCAAGAUAUGAUAAUUUAAAAGGGUCUACUUGUAUGUAAUUUCAGAAAUGAUAAUUAGUCCUAGCCUUAAUCAAGACUAGAGCUUAUGAAUAGCCAAUGCAAAUAAGAACUUUUAAUUAUG